UGGUGUGUGUGCCACAAAUAGCAAAGAGUGAGCCCUGUCUUUUACCACAAUUUGGAAUGAGGGGGAGCAUACCUCGACCCCGACCGAGGAGGCAUGUGUGCGCAUUUAGACCGCUCCAUGUACAUCGUGGAAUUUCAAAACCGUUACUUUACAAGAACGCUCCUCAACUAUCCAGUUGAAACUGAUCAAUGGUAUAAACUCCACUUGUUUUUUUUCUUUACCCGAGGGAGUUUUAAUUUUCGGAACCAGUAGCCCUGUGUGUGAGACUGUAAUCCAGCCGUCCGCACGGAAAGGAAGUUCGGCUACUGUUGACUUUUUCCUCUUAGAGUAGCCUAACCCAGACCAGGUGAAGUCGCCCCCCGGUGCGCGGCCAGCGCUCGGAUAUAGUGGAAACCCUCUUUGUAGUCUGUAACCUAUUUCAGGGUCUGAAGUCUUGGUGAAGUUCUUCAUUUUUCUAACUUCAGUUUGGCUCUAUCUGUGUCUGACGGGAUGUUUUCAUGCGUUGUGCCUUUGAUUGUGAAUGGGAAUGGCAUUUUUCUGACAGCGCGCAGUAGCAGAGUCUGAUCUAUGAUGUUCUGCUUCUCGAGAAUGUUUUUAAUGAUCUGAGGGGCACUCUUCCCCAAAGGAAGCGAGAGGGGAAACUUUCCCCAUCUCUCUCGAAACUCCAGUGUUCAAGGAUGUGAUAGUUGGACUGUGGCUCACUGAUCUAACUUAAUUCUCAUGAAUAACGGAAUAACAACGUUGGGGAAAAGGUUUUGUUUGUUUGUGCCAGCUCACAAAUGAUCACUCGAGUUUGUCAUAGUGACGAUUCUUGGACACCGUGGACCCCCCUCUGAAAUACCAACCAGGUCAUAUUUGAAAGAUAAAAUGCGGCACAAUGUUCCAGGUCUUUGUGUAUUCCUGAAGUGCGUGUUUCUACAGAUAGCGCCGCUGCUCUGUGUUCCUUCUAUCCGACCGGGAGAGCGGCCAGAGUGGUGUGAGGUCUGAGUGGGACGCGGAGAAGAAAUAGGCUAAAUAUCUUCCCUCAUGGUAUGCCUUUAUUCUUCUGCCAGCAAAGUUGGGAGUGAAACGGGAAUGUUUCUUCCGCGGCUCUGGACGCUCCGCCGCAGGUAUUGCUCCGGACGGUUAUUGCUCUUAGGGUUCGCGGUGUGUCUUUUCUACCAGACCCUGAUGGUGGCACGGAGUCGGUUCAAAGGCGACCCACCUGCGGCUGACGAACGCAACAAGUCAACGAUGACUGAAGCGUUGGAAGUAUUUGAUGAACUUCUGAAGGACCCUGAGAGGCUUAUUUCUACCCUGGAGGCUUUGGAGAGGGACAGAUAUGGGUCCAUUCAGAACCAGGCUGGGCGGGUCACACAAGCCGUGGUGUUGACGGGUCAGCACGUAGCCGCGGAUACGGAGGUCCAGCUUUUCCAGCGCAUCCUGGAGCAGCGAGGCUACGAGGUCAGCCUGUCCCGAUACGCCGAGACCAACACCGCCCUGAGACACGACAACGGUGGCAGUGUGGAGUGGAGUUUGUUGGUGUGUCUGAGAGGUUCGGAGAAGAGUUGUCUGAGGAGAGUGUCCUUCUCCCAUCUGCAGCCCCAUCAGAGGGUCAACAUGAUACCUGGGCUGGUGGGGGCCUUCUCUGAUGUGGAUGGGCUCUGUCGCUUCCAGACAGACAGCCGGCUAUCAGGGCUGGCAUUACACAUAAAUCCAUCUGCCUGUGGAUCGGCCCACACCAAGCUGGGGUAUGUUCGUGAUGUGGCACAGGGUGAUUGGAACCCAGCUAUUCCCACACUUCAUUUGGUGAGCCCUGGCCUCGUUGCCACGGUGACAGUUUAUGUCCUGGUCACCUCGGUAACGCCGCUCACAACCUUUCUUCAUCACACGGGCCUGGUCAGGACAAGCGAAGACACGGACAGCCGCACCACACAGCUCAAGCCCUUUCUUCUCCAGCAGCUGGGUCCUGUUGCGUCCCAUGAGGCAUUGGACCAUGUGAAGGAGGUCAUAGGUCAGGUGUUGAGGGCGGCAGCAUUGACCAAUGAGGAGCCUAACUCUCGGCACAGCUGGUGUCUCCUGUGUUUCCAGCUGAUGACAUUUACUCUUCAGUUCAGUGGUUCCCUUCUACCUGUCAUUGUGAAGGCUGAGACUGACCUGCACUUUGAUGGGCUGAGGGACCCAGGGUUUGACGGACAGAUCACAAAAGAGUUCAUCCUGGAAGAUGCUCUUCUCUUCCUGCUCCCAGCACACAGUGGACAGGCCCGACGGAAGAGCCCUUCACACACCGAGACAGACGAUGGACAGAGGUUUGGUGGCUGUGGGGGGCCAUAUGGUCUCUGUCUGCCAGAACACCAGACUCUCCUCCUCCUCCAGUUCCUCCGUCAGCUGAGGACACCAGGGCCAUUUGAACUGCUUUAUCCUGCAGCUUCUCCAGAGCGCUCUCCUAUCCAAGACUUUCUGUUUCGAUCGUUCCCUAGAGCAGAGGAGUCUGGGAGUGGGCGACAUUUCUCAGCAUUGUUGGACAGAAUCUGUUCUCAUUAUACAGAGCAGAGGAACCAGACUUACAGGACCAACAAGGCAGAGACACAGACCGGGUGGGACCAACACUCAGGCUCCCAGGACCUCCCUGGAGACAGAGAGCGGUGUGUGGACCCCCACCUCAGACAACUGUACACAGACCUCCCUCUGACCCUCAGCCCCCCCUUCAGUCCCUGGGUGAAGGACUACCGUGCUGAGGUCCCCUUUGACGUGGUGACCCUACGCCUCCGCCCUGAGCCCAUCAGCCCAGCCUGUCACAUACACCUGGACGAGCACAGAGGACCUAGAACGGCUAACUACCCGGUCGGCCUGGGCAACAGCAUAAUCAACAUCCUAGUGACGGACGAGUCGGCCGCCACAGAGCCCGUCGUCAUGACAAUAUACACUCUACACAUGUACCGCGAGAGUCGGCCUAGCCUGCCCAUGUUUGGGGAGCAUGUGAUGUGUGGCUUCGUGCAGGACUGUGGCCUGGUGGUGCAACCAGAUCAGCCCUGUGGUUUGGAGCCCCUUCCUGGGCAACUCUCUCCAGGCGAGCCCCAUUCCCCAAAGCGGCCCUGCACCUCCGGGGAUGUACCAGGUCGUUGGGUGGUUCCUUGUCUCAGCUGUGCCGACAACCGGACCUGUGACUGGAGAGAGGUUGCCUGGCAACCCGAGGGCUGUUACCACCCCUUGCUGGACCUCCCCCAGCUGCAGGACUGCAUGAUGUAUAGGAAGGUAAUGUUCAUAGGUGACUCCACUAACCGGGGGAUGAUGUACUUCCUGAUGGAGCGGGUCAACUCUAGUCUGGAGGACUGGGGCAAGGCCCACGACAGCCUGGUCUAUCGCAACAUCAAUCAGGGACACACACACGUCUCCUACUCCUACUACCCCCAGUUCUGGCUGGAGCAGAGCCACAGACCCACCUUCCAGAGGGCCCUGGAACAGCUCAUACUGAGAUCACGACCCUUGGAGAACUCCCGUCAGACUGUGCUGGUGGCAGGAGGUGUCCAGUGGCUCAACACCAACCACCUGAGGAUCAUGAGAGAAGUGCUGGCGAGGGAAGGGCUACAGGAUAUCAUGGUGGUGGUGAAGUCUCUGGGCAUGGGCUUCCAUCUCCCUGUGGACGGCAUCCGCUCUCUCUCACUGAGAGGAGUACAGGAGCUAUACAGAGAGAACAGCAACAUCAUCACCGCCGCAAAGCACCAUGGAUAUGAGGUCAUAGACACAUUCAGCGUCACCAUGGGCCGCUACAAAGAGUUCCUGCAGGGACAGUGCGCCUGCCAUUUUCAUGAGGUUGAAAAGCUGCCGUUCUCCAAGGUUCCCCUGCACAGGAAGAUGAAGCUCCUUCGACACGGCGAGGAACCUGGGACUGGAACCAGUGGAACUGGAACCGGGUACAGUGAUCAGCCUACCCUGCAGCACCAGAACCAGUGGUCGGGGUCUAACUCCUCCACCUAUCAUGUGAGAGGAGCGGUGAACCAGGUGUACUCGCAGAUUCUGCUGAGCAGACUGUGUGUGAGAGACACAGGAAACUAGACCCAGCCCUCACCACCACAGACUGUGUGUGUGCCUGCGUGCUUGUGUCCUUGCUUACUAAUGUGCGUGUGUGUGUGUGUGUGUGCGCGUAUCCAUACCAGCGUCUCUCUAAUGAAUGAGAGCUCAUCCUAUCCAGGAAGUGCUGAAGUAACAGGAGAGUCCUGACUGGUCAGCCGUGAGACAGACAUCACCACUGUCUGUCACACAGACCUCCUCUGAUUGGCCCACGCACUGCCCCCCGUCCCCCGUCCGUCCGUCCGUCAUGUGACUGCUACCUCUGCUAGGUAAAGGUUUCCAGAUGGUGGAAGAGGACGAUCGCUGGCCGACCGCCAAAAGACGAGUGACGCAGCUGGAGGAAGAAAAAAGAGGAGAGCGAGAGUGACUGUCGAAGGAGUGUGUCGUGUGCACAUCCCAAAUGUACGCCUUGCUCUCCCACCAACCGACAAUGCUCCCUCAAUGCUCCAGCACAAACCCUUACAAUUGUAUAGUUUUAUAGUUGUGGAAACAUUGUUGAAAUGUUGUACAGCAUUGUUUCCCAAUCCUUUCCUCGGGUACCCCCCGGCAAUUCCAUGUGUUUGAUGUAUUCCCUGGCACACCUGAUUCAGAUGCAACUGGUCAACUAAUCAGGUGAGCUAGUUGAGAGCCACAACAACAUUGUGAAACGUCUGGGGGUCUCCGAGGAGAGGUUCAAGACUUUUGAUGUGUGCCUUUGAUGCCUUUAUGCAUCAGGAAAGCCUAUCUUUCACCAUUGGAGGGACUUCUGGGUAUCCAGCUAUUCCUCCUCAUAUACAGUACCUCAUCCAUCCGCGUGUCCUGUUGACACCACAACGUGUUCUAUGCCAAAGAAAUGACGAAAGCUGAGCUAUUCUUCAAGUGAAUGGCUUAUGUAUGAUUUUCUUAUAUUUCUAUAUAUUUUUCUACAGAUGUUUAUUCGUGCCUAUAAUGUUGAUAACCAGUGUAUAAUGUUUUACACGCAGCAUAUUGUUUACAUGCUAAUGAAGGACUGGUGUAAUGUAUGCUAUGGAUCUAUAUAUAUAUUGUCUGAUCUGUCCUCUGAUCAUUUGUAUGGAGGGAACUGAGCUGGUGAAGAUGAAGGUAAUUGUAACACACACACGAGUGGAGACUACCUGCUUAGCUCUGUUUAGUGGUCCUAUGGAACAUUGAGAGCAAACCUAAUCAUUUGAUUCAGUGAUUAUGAAGGAAAACAGAUAGACAUAUUUGCUUAAUGCUAAAUAUUAUCAACACUAUUCAUUUAUUUUUAAAGAACUAUCUUCAAAUGGCACUAACUUCAGCUUUGUGUUUCCAGAUGGUAUAUAUAAGUUAUUCCAUUACAACAUUAAAGUAUAUAUUUUCUUAACU